AAGUAGUACAGACGUAUCAAGAUGACUGAUCCUAUGAUGGAUUUUUUUGAUGAUGCCAAUCUGUUUAGUGAGACCUUAGAAGGUUUGUCAGAUGAUGCCUUUGUUCAACCUGGACCUGUUUCACUUGUUGAUGAAUUGAAUUUGGGUGCAGAAUUUGAACCUUUGCACAUAGACUCAUUGAACCAUGUGCAAGAUGCUCAAAGUCAACAAAAGAUGAGUGAGUUUGAGCAGCUGAACCAGUAUGAUUCACUGAAACUUCACCAAGUAAAUCAGUCUUUUAAUAGCUCAGCUGACAGUGUCUUAUCACCACACUCUCAAUUUAAUUGUUCACCAAUUCAUCCGCAGAACCAGUCUAAUGGGAUGUUUCCAGAUGUGGCUGAUGGUAGCCCUAUGUGGGGUCAUCAAACUGCCACAACUGUUUCAAAUCAAAAUGGGUCCCCCUUUCACCAAGGACAUUCUCAGUCUAUGCAGCAAAACAAAAGCUUUGUAGCACACCAUGACUUUGCCUUAUUUCAGGCUAACGAACCGCAGCAUCAGUGUGCCUCACUACGGUCACAACAAAGCAGAAACAACAUUAACACAGGGCAAGAUGCUCUGAGUCCGCCAAAAGACUUCAUGGAAGUUAAUGUAUCUACUUCUCACAGAGUCAGUGUUAACCACCCACCUCCGGUUUCCAAUCCAUCAGCUUCACAGCAGCCUCUGUCCGUACAACAGUUUUCUCAAACUGCAAGUGCUUCAAUACAUUUUUGUGGGAAUCAAGAGGGAAAUUUUGAUGGACAGUCCUCAACCAUUACUCCGUGCUCUGUCAAUAAUACCCAACAAUUUUCUUCUCCUUAUUCUUACUCUAAUAACCACAUUUCUCCUACGAGCCUUCUUCAGUCUACAACGGCUCUUUCUAGCCAGCAGACACACGCUAUCUCUGACUUCACUGGAAGUGAUGCCUUUACAUCUCAAACAGGGACCAAGCAAGAAACAACUGAGCACAUGUUGAAUCCUAACACACCUUUGAAUUCAAAUAGUUUUCAAAUGUUGCAUUCUGCACAUCCUCAGGGCAACUUUAGUAGUUCAAAACUCUCUCCUGUGAAUAUUAAUUUUCCAGCUUCUGCUGGUUCUGCUUCUCAGAUAAGCCAUUUCAGUGACCCAAUUGAAAGCAAUGGUUUUACGUCUUUGGAUGAGAACUUACUUCAUCAAGUUGAGACUCAAAGUGAACCAUUUACAGGACUUGACCCAGAUGACCUCCUUCAGGAAGACCUUCUUCCACAGUUUGAUGAUUCUGCGUUUGUUCAGGAUAGCACAAGCCAUGUUUUAGAGCAUGACCUAGAACAGCAUAUAACGUCACCACAAGUAACACGGUCAUCUGAAAUUGCUCGGGCGCAGUCGCAAAGUCAGAUCCAUCCCUGGCAUUCUUCAAUUUCCAGUCAGCAUCUGCAAGACAGAAGUCGUGUAACCUUACCAGGACAGCCUCCUUCCUCCAAAAAGACUGAUGGUUCAGGAUCGUAUACUAAGUUACAGAAUACCCAGGUGAGGGUAGUGUCUGAAAAGAAGCAGAAGAAAAAAGCAGACUCUGAAAGUAAACAAGAGAAGGCAAAUCGCAUAAUAUCCGAAGCAAUUGCAAAAGCAAAAGAGAGAGGAGAGAGAAACAUUCCGCGAGUAAUGAGUCCUGAAAACUUCCCCAGUGUUUCAGCUGAAGGAAAAGAGGAAAAGAAAGGAAGAAAAGUGAAAUCUAAACCGAAGGACAAGGAAGGCAAAAAGGCAAAAACUGGUUCUUCAUCCAAAAUUAAAGAGAAAACAAAAAUUGGAAAGCUUAUCAUCACGCUUGGUAAAAAGCAGAAAAGAAAAAAUGAGUCUUCGGAUGAAUUGUCUGAUGCUAAGCAGACUCCACAACGGUCUUUGAAAGAUGAAGACGCGCAGAAGAGAAGAUCAAAUCGUCAAGUUAAAAGGAAAUCUGCUCCUUUACCUGCUGAGCAGCCUUUACAAUUAUUUGUUGAGAAUCCAAGUGAAGAAGAUGCAGCAAUUGUAGACAAAAUCUUAUCUUCUAGGAUAAUAAAGAAAGAAAUGUCUGCUGGAAUGACAGUGGAAACGGAAGAGUUUUUUGUGAAAUACAAGAACUACUCUUAUCUCCACUGUGAAUGGGCCACAGAACAACAGCUUUUAAAGGAUAAAAGAAUCCAGCAGAAAAUAAAGCGGUUCAAACUGAGGCAGGCACAAAGAGCUCACUUCUUUGCAGAUAUGGAAGAAGAACCUUUUAAUCCUGACUAUGUUGAAGUAGACCGGGUGUUGGAAGUCUCUCUAUGUGAAGAUAAGGACACUGGUGAGCCUGUUAUUUACUAUUUAGUAAAAUGGUGUUCAUUGCCAUAUGAAGACAGUACGUGGGAGCUGAAAGAAGAUGUAGAUCAAGCAAAAAUAGAAGAAUUUGAACAAUUGCAAGCUUCCAGGCCUGACUCGAGAAGAUUGGACCGACCACCUCCAAACUCCUGGAAGAAGAUAGAGCAGUCCAGAGAAUAUAAAAAUGGCAAUCAGCUCAGGGAGUAUCAACUGGAAGGACUGAACUGGCUCCUAUUCAACUGGUACAAUAGACGGAAUUGCAUUUUAGCGGACGAAAUGGGUCUUGGCAAAACCAUUCAGUCGAUUACAUUCCUCUAUGAAAUCCUCCUGUCUGGUAUAAGAGGGCCUUUUCUGAUCAUAGCUCCGCUUUCCACUAUAACAAACUGGGAAAGAGAAUUUCGUACGUGGACUGACCUUAAUGUUGUAGUGUAUCAUGGAAGUAUGAUCAGCAGACAGAUGAUUCAGCAGUAUGAAAUGUACUUCAGGGACUCCCAGGGACGCAUCGUUCGAGGUACAUACAGAUUCCAAGCCAUUAUCACUACUUUUGAAAUGAUUCUUGGUGGCUGUCCAGAACUCAAUGCAAUUGAGUGGCGGUGUGUUAUUAUUGAUGAAGCGCACAGACUAAAGAACAAAAAUUGCAAACUCUUGGAAGGACUAAAGCUAAUGAACCUUGAGCAUAAAGUGCUGCUAACAGGUACACCACUGCAGAACACAGUAGAGGAAUUGUUUAGCCUCCUUCAUUUUCUUGAACCGUUGCGUUUUCCUGCUGAAUCUACAUUUAUGCAAGAAUUUGGAGAUCUUAAAACAGAGGAACAGGUUCAGAAGCUGCAAGCCAUCCUGAAACCCAUGAUGCUCCGACGACUAAAGGAAGAUGUAGAAAAAAAGCUGGCUCCUAAGGAGGAAACUAUAAUUGAAGUAGAACUAACUAAUAUUCAGAAGAAAUAUUAUCGCGCAAUUUUGGAGAAGAAUUUUGCUUUCUUAUCCAAAGGAGCAGGGCAAGCAAAUGUACCCAAUCUAGUUAAUACUAUGAUGGAACUCAGAAAGUGUUGUAAUCACCCUUAUCUCAUCAAAGGUGCUGAAGAGAAAAUCCUUGGAGAGUUUAAAGAAACUUACAGCCCAAGUGCUCCUGACUUCCAUCUACAAGCAAUGAUCCAGUCUGCUGGCAAACUGGUUCUUAUUGAUAAGCUUCUCCCAAAAAUGAAAGCAGGGGGCCACAAGGUGCUUAUCUUCUCUCAAAUGGUGCGCUGUCUUGAUAUUUUGGAGGAUUACCUUAUACAUAAAAGAUACUUAUACGAACGAAUUGAUGGACGAGUAAGAGGGAAUCUGAGACAAGCUGCCAUUGACCGGUUUAGCAAACCCGAUUCGGAUCGGUUUGUCUUCCUUCUCUGCACCAGAGCUGGUGGCUUGGGCAUUAAUCUGACAGCAGCAGAUACAUGUAUAAUUUUUGAUUCUGACUGGAAUCCUCAAAACGAUCUGCAGGCUCAAGCCCGUUGUCACAGGAUUGGUCAGAACAAAGCAGUGAAGGUCUACAGACUGAUAACUCGUAACUCGUAUGAGCGAGAGAUGUUUGACAGAGCAAGUCUGAAACUGGGCCUGGAUAAGGCUGUCUUACAGAGCAUGAGUGGAAGAGAAAACAGCGUUGGUGGCAUCCAACAACUCUCUAAGAAAGAAAUAGAAGAUUUACUUCGAAGAGGGGCAUAUGGUGCCAUUAUGGAUGAAGAAGAUGAAGGCUCUAAAUUCUGUGAGGAAGACAUUGACCAAAUUUUGCAGCGUCGUACUAAAACGAUCACAAUUGAAUCAGAAGGAAGGGGCUCCACAUUUGCCAAGGCUAGUUUUGUUGCAUCUGGAAACAGGACUGACAUUUCGUUAGAUGAUCCCAACUUCUGGCAGAAAUGGGCCAAAAAAGCAGAAAUAGAUAUCGAAGCCAUCAGUGGUAGAAACAGCCUGGUUAUAGAUACCCCAAGAAUUAGGAAACAAACACGGCCAUUCAGUGCUACAAAAGAUGAGCUGGCUGAGUUGUCUGAAGUGGAGAGCGAGGGCGAUGAUAAACCAAAACUCCGCAGGCCUUGUGACCGCUCCAAUGGAUAUGGAAGAACAGAGUGCUUUCGGGUGGAAAAAAACUUACUGGUCUAUGGGUGGGGUCGAUGGAGAGAGAUUUUGUCGCACGGUCGCUUCAAGAGACAACUGAACGAACAGGAUGUGGAGAUAAUUUGCCGAGCUCUGUUAGCAUAUUGUCUUGUUCACUACAGAGGGGAUGAGAAGAUAAAAAGUUUUAUAUGGGAUCUCAUUACCCCAACAGAAGAUGGGCAAACACGAGAGUUGCAGAAUCACCUUGGCUUAUCAGCCCCUGUGCCUAGGGGAAGAAAAGGAAAGAAAGUGAAGACCCAGGCUAGCACUUUUGAUAUACACAAAGCAGAAUGGCUUCGAAAAUAUAAUCCUGAACAUCUAUUGCAAGAUGAAGGAUAUAAAAAGCACAUAAAACAUCACUGUAACAAGGUCUUGCUUCGAGUAAGAAUGCUGUAUUAUUUAAAACAAGAAGUCAUUGGUAAUGAAUUCCAAAAGGUGUUUGAUGGAAUUGAUGCCAGUGAAAUUGAUGUCUGGGUCCCUGAGCCAGAUCACUCUGAAGUUCCUGCUGAGUGGUGGGAUGCAGAAACAGAUAAAUCCCUUUUAAUUGGAGUUUUUAAACAUGGUUAUGAAAAGUACAACACUAUCAGAGCAGACCCAGCGCUGUGCUUCUUGGAAAGGGUUGGCAAACCAGAUGAAAAAGCAGUUGCUGCUGAACAGAGAGCAAACGAUUAUAUGGAUGGGGAUGUAGAAGAUCCAGAAUAUAAACCAGCCCCAGCAAUGUUUAAAGAUGACAUAGAGGAUGAUGUUUCAUCCCCAGGUGAUCUGGUAAUAGCAGAUGGAGAUGGGCAAAUGAUGGAGGGAGACAAAAUUUAUUGGCCCACUCAGUCUGCCUUAACAACGCGUCUUCGCCGCCUAAUAACAGCUUACCAACGAACAAGUAAAAAUAGGCAAACGCAGCAGAUCCAGCCAGCAUUCCCAAUACAGGCUAGUAUGAUGCAGCCUCCAUAUGAAGAAGCUGCUCUGAAUCCAAAGAUGGCUGCUAAGAUUGAAAGACAGCAAAGAUGGACCAGAAGAGAAGAGGCUGACUUUUACCGAGUUGUGUCCACAUUUGGAGUGGUGUUUGAUCCUGAAAGGGGCCGGUUUGAUUGGACCAAAUUUAGAGCGAUGGCUAGGUUACAUAAGAAAACUGAUGAGAGCUUAGAGAAAUACUUAUAUGCGUUUAUGUCAAUGUGCAGGAGAGUCUGUCGUCUUCCCUCGAAAGAAGAGCUCGUAGACCCAAACAUUUUUAUCCAACCAAUUACAGAGGAGCGUGCUUCUCGGACUUUGUAUCGCAUUGAGCUCCUAAGGAAGGUGCGAGAACAGGCUCUUCGACACCCACAGUUGUUUGAUCGACUAAAGCUAUGCCAGCCGAACCCAGACUUACCUGUCUGGUGGGAGUGUGGGACUCACGACAGGGAUUUACUUAUUGGAGCUGCUAAACAUGGGGUUAGCAGGACAGACUAUCAUAUUCUUCGUGAUCCUGAACUAUCAUUUAUGUCUGCCCAGAGGACCUAUAGUCAGAACAAAGUGGCGCUCUCAAGGACUUCUACUCCACUCCUGCAUCAAUAUCAGAUGGCAUUAUCUGCUUCUCCUCUUACACCUCAGUCAAGAUUGCCGGAUGCUAAAGUGAAUGCUCUGGAGGAUACAAAAGUUAAAAGUGAAAAUCUGAAAGAGGACCCUCCGUCUUCUGAAGAGGAAUCUAUGUCUACAGAGGAGACCCAGACAAUAAUGAAAUCUGAACCUUUGAGUCCAAAAAAUGGCACAUCAAUACAAAAUACAGACCACAAACCUAGUGUGAAGGCAGAAACAGACAGGCGCAUGGUUGCAGCAAGGACAGAGCCUCUAACUCCAAACCCAGCCUCCAAAAAACAGAGAGUCAGCAAAAGAGGAUCCGAUUCUAGCUCUGACUCGGACUCUGACUCAGAUAGAUCAUCCUGUUCUUCCAGGUCAUCGUCUUCAUCCUCUUCAUCAUCCUCAUCGUGUUCACACUCUCGAUCAGGCUCUAGCUCUUCAUCAUCUUCAUCUUGUUCUUCAGCAUCCUCCUCCUCCUCAUCUUCAUCCUCCUCUUCCUCCUCUUCCUCCUCCUCCUCGUCUGAGGAAAGUGAUAGCGAUGAAGAGGAGGCGCAAAAACGUGAAGGAACCCCUCAUAUAAAAGCAUACGAUGAAGAGAGUGUCGCUUCUCUGAGUACAACACAGGAUGAAACCCAAGACAGUUUCCAGAUGAACAAUGGGACACCAAACUCCAGUUAUCUCUUACAGGGUGGAUACAUGUUGGCUGCAUCCUACUGGCCAAAGGAUCGAGUUAUGAUUAACCGGCUUGAUAGUAUUUGUCAAACAGUGUUGAAAGGUAAAUGGCCUUCGGCAAGAAGGAGCUAUGACAGCAAUACAGUGGCAUCUUUCUAUACAACCAAACUCCUGGAUAGCCCGGGUGCAGCUGCAGACUACAGCGAACCCACUGCACCAACACCCCCUAGCGCAGGUGUUAAAGAAGAGUAUGAUCAGUCACCACAGAUGUCAAAGGUGAAGAAGCAUGUACGAGAAAAGGAGUUUACAGUGAAAAUCAAUGACGAAGGUGGUUUGAAAUUGACUUUUCAGAAGCAGGGACUGUCUCAGAAAAGGCCAUUUGAAAGCGAGGAAGGUGCACUGGGACAGCAGCAAUACCUGGCUCGGCUUCGUGAACUGCAGAACGCUUCAGAGACCAGUCUUGUCAACUUCCCAAAAUCACUUCCAGAAUCAGGUACUUCCAGUCAGUUAACAGCUAGUGCCAAUGGAGUGAUAAUUGACAGUCAGCCUGUAGUCAAAAAGAGAAGAGGAAGAAGGAAGAACGUGGAGGGAGUUGAUGUCCUCUUUAUAAAUAGAAAUAAACAGCCUAAUCACGUUAAUCCAGGUAUUAACUCCUGUCAAGUUGCUGCAGGAAUAAACCCAGCGCUCACUUAUGCUCAGUCCCAAGGCGUGCUUGAUGCAGAGAGUCCAGUUCCUGUUAUUAACCUAAAAGAUGGAACAAGGCUUGCAGGUGAUGAUGCCCCAAAAAGAAAAGAUUUAGAAAAGUGGCUUAAGGAACAUCCUGGCUAUGUUGAAGAUUUAGGAGCUUGUAUUCCUAGAAUGCAGCUGCAUGAUGGGAGGCCCAAACAAAAAAGACACCGUUGUCGAAACCCUAAUAAACUGGACGUUAAUAGUCUGACUGGUGAGGAACGUGUUCAGCUCAUAAAUAGAAGAAACGCACGAAAGGUGGGGGGUGCAUUUGCUCCCCCUCUAAAGGAUUUGUGCCGGUUCCUGAAAGAAAAUCCAGAGUAUGGAGUGGCUCCUGAAUGGGGAGAAGUUGUAAAACAGUCUGGAUUUCUUCCAGAAGGUAUGUUUGACCGUAUUCUCACAGGGCCUGUUGUGCGGGAAGAAGUAAGCCGGAGAGGAAGGCGGCCGAAGAGUGAGAUUGCCAAGGCAACAGCAGCUGCAGCUGCAGCAACAGCGGCCAGCGUAUCGGUUAACCCUCUGCUAGCCAACGGGUUGCUGCCGGGUGUGGAUCUGCCCAGACUGCAGGCCCUGCAGCAAAACCUGCAAAAUCUGCAAUCGCUGCAAGUAACCGCAGGAUUAAUGGGCAUGCCAGCGAGCUUAACCACUGGAGGGGAAGCGAAGAGCGUGGCUACCAUGUUCCCCAUGCUGCUGUCGGGGAUGGCUGGAUUACCAAACUUGCUGGGCAUGGGCGGACUUCUCACAAAGUCUACAGAAUCUGUUUCAGAGGAGAAAAAGGGAAGCGAUUCAAAGGAGGCAGAGAUAAAGAAAGAAAGGACAGAAGACCAAAAUAUAGAUAUUGGUGGUGAAAACUCUGUUUCAAAUUCUCCUUCAACAUCCUCAGCCGCUGCAGCUGCCAACCCUCUGUCUCUUAACCCGUUACUUUUGUCCAACAUACUUUAUCCAGGGAUGCUUCUCACUCCAGGCCUUAAUCUUCAUAUCCCAGCUUUGUCUCAGUCCAAUAUUUUUGAUGUACAGAACAGUGAAAACAAUGACACGGGUUCAGCCAAGCCCACAGAAGAGAAGGAGGAAAAUUCUAGGGUUAGAGAUCAGGAAGACAAAGGGGGAACAGAGCCAAGCUCUCACAAUGAAAACAGCACAGAUGAGGGUUCAGAGAAAGCAGAUGCUUCAUCUGGAUCUGAUAGUACAUCGUCUUCAUCUGAGGAUUCAGAUUCUAGUGAUGAAGACUGACCCCAGACUCUGCACUUAAAUUAUAAACUGAUUUUGAAUAUAUUCUUUAAUUAUUUCAGUGUAAAUAACGCAGUGUUGAGUGCAUCAAUGAUUUACUGACCGAACAUUUCAGUAUUUGUUUAGAAGUGCAAACUGCUUUCAAAGACGUUUUGCAUGUAAGAUUUCUUGAAGUUCAUAAGUUUCUGAACUUGUAUGUACUAUCAAAUACACAAUGGUGUAAAAUUACAACAAAAGGCAUUAUAAUUUUGUUGGGGGGUUAAUUUUAUGAAAAUAAUGCUCAAGAAAGAGCUGUAUAUUUAAUAUAUUUGCAGUGAACACAGAAUACUUUAUGCAUAUUAUUGAUUUAAUUUGAAUAUAGUUUUACAGCCUCCUUGACACUUAUAAUUUACAGAUCAAAACUCAGCAAUAAUUUGGGCAGCUAAUGAAUGUCAUGAAAGCUGUAGAAUCUACAUCACCAUCCAUUGCUUUAAUUACAUGAAAAUGCUCUAGUGUUGUGAUGCACUGCUGUUUCCAAUUCAGGUACAAGUGUGUUUAAAAGAAGAUAAAUUUUUCCCAAUCAGCCAAUUAAACUGGCUACCUGUUACCUCAGCUGAGUUAGUUUAGGAAGUUUACAUUGGUUUCUAUUAACUUGUUUUCAGGUUUUGUUUUGUUUUCUAAAGACAUCCUGUAUGAUAUCAUGUUAAAAUCUGAAUUAUCUGAGAUAAUGACAGGUGGGCGGUUUGUUCUCAUCACAAGAAUUCUCCUUGAUAGUAGUAAAGGGAAAUUAAAACAACCUGUCUUAUCUCAUGCUACUUGGCACCAUAUAGACCUAGUUUAGUUUACACCUUGCAAAGUUUUGGGCUCCCUCUGCAGAAUUAAAAGUCCCAAAAUAAGGAGUAGUUUUCCCAAGACUCAGAAGAGGCAAACUGUCAUAAAGUGCCACUGAAAAGACCUUUCAACACUGCAUACUUCAUGUAAAAAUUGUUUGUUUGCUUUGUUUGUGUAGAUUUCUAUUUGUGUUUUAUGUCAUAAAACCUCCUGGAAUUACCAGUUAAUAAUGGUAAAUAAAGUAUAGAUAGUUUUGAACUCUUUUUGAGUUUAAACUUCUCUACAGAUUUAAAUCUGACUGAAUAUUAAAUAUUACCCCAAGUCGUUAUUGGGAUGUCAGUUCAUAUAUUAUGCUGAGUUGCCCACUAAAGAAAAAGCACUUUGACUAGUAAGGAAGACAAAUUAUUCCUGGAAACCACAAGAACAGGGCAUAAAGCAUCUGUUUAAGUCCAAAUCCUUAGAACCCUUUACUAUAUAAAAUCUGUCUAAUAUUUGAUGUGUGGUAUGAUUCCUCCUUCUUCUUAAGCUGCUAUUACUCUGACACAGUAGAGGCCCAGAUUCAUUUACAUAAGUUCUGAACUGACUGAGAUUUCAAUUGACCUUUGUUAUAUCAUUUGUGGUCCAAGAAUAGACAAGUGUUGAGAGAAAAUAGAUACAGGUACUAGUAGAAGUCAUUGAAAAAGCUUUACAAAGGGAUAAAUUUAAAAAUAAAAAACAAAAAAAACUGUAUAUUUUGAUAUAGUUCUGUUGCUUGCUUGUACAGUAAAACAACUGUGUUGUUUUUUUUUACCAAGAACUUUACCAAUGAAAUAUAAGUUUCUAUGUGCAAAAUAAUUAACCCCAUGAUUAGAAGCAGUAUUACAUGUAAUUACACAAUUAUACAAAUACCAUUUGGAUUGUGCUGGUUACGUAUUUUCCCAAAUAGUAUUCUGGUUUUUGGCCCUUCAUGCAGUGUCUUAGCAAUAGUCAAAAUUUAAAACUGCCAAGAGAAGGGGGUAGCAAUUCUUCAUCAUGAGAAAAAUGUAUUGCAUAUUUAAUAUUUUGCCCUUUGUAAUAUAGCACUUUUAUUUAACUAGGAUGCAUCUAUGAAAUAGCCAAAGUUUUACAAACAGUUAUUAACUUAGUUUGCUGAUGGAGUAUGUCAACAAUACCAUCACUUUCCACCCUUACCCCACAGAAGAAAUCCUAAAUCUUGUGGCUAAUACUAAUUUAUAUCAGAUUUAUGAAAUAAAGUAUUUUCCUAAUUAUGCUCAAGUGAGUUUGGUUACCAUUCUAGUAAUUCUUUCUAUGUAAUAAGGCAAUUACAGUUUCAAGUAAUGAAGGCUGGUGUAGACUUGAACAUAAUAUAUCGGGUUUAUUUUUAAUCAGGAUGAAUCAGAAGGGGAAAAAAUGUCCCACUGUCAGCUAUAAACUGUAUGCAAAUAUGGUUGUAUAAAGUUAAGGGUUAUAAGGAAACCUCAGUAGAACUACACUAAUACUGAAGUUAAAAUUAAAAGGAUAUCCAAGGUGAUGAUAAAGUGUGUGUUGGUAGUUACUAAAAGAACCUUAGCUGUUAUUGCCUUGUAUUUCUAUCCCUUGUUUCAGGCUUCAUGAUCCAAGUCUUAGUCCAGUUUUUCUUUUGGACAUUUGCAAUAUUUGCCAGUUGUGUUCUGUGUAGUCUGAAUUUGCUUUCUGUAGUUGAACAAGCGUCUUAAAAAGUCAUUUGUAAUUUAUUGAAUUACUUUCUAUGAUGUUCUAUAGAGCAAAUGGAAGUUUAAUUAUUUUUUAUUAAACAUAUUCUUUGACUACCUAUGAUGUCAGCCUCAAUAUGUGAAAAUACUGUUGUCUGUGUAAGGAUUAAACAUGUAUCUUUGAGUGGCAAAAGUGAAGACUGAGUGUUACAGUCUAAAAAUGAAGUUGUUCAUAAGACCUUAGAAAGUUAAG